UUGGACCAGACAGAAGUCGAAACGGAGCGAGUGAGAUCCAAGGGAACAUGCUAAGAUUUGGCCAAAAACUGAUGCUGCUGCUGGUGGCCUUCGUGGCGCUGCAGACCGUCCAUGGGUGGCUGGUGAAGCUGCCGAAGCUGGAGAGUCUCGUGGAGAAGCUGGAGGAGAAGAAGGAGAAGGACCUGCGCUGGCUGGAGGAAAAGAAGCUUGAUUUCCUCAAUUUCUUCAGCGCCAAGGAGGAGGCCAAGAAGGAGAAGAAGGAGGACGAGUGGGACAAGUUCAAGCAGUGGUGGGAGGAGAAGAAGGAGAAGGAGCUCAGCUUCUUCGAGACCAAGAAAGAGAACAAGCUGGACAAGCUGGCCAAGAAGGCCAGCAAAAAGGGAAAGCCAACGCCGAGACCCUGUUGCUAUGGCUAUGCUCCCGAAGAGCAGGAGCAGACCACUUUAGGCUAUCCCGCAGAGGAGGAGGAGGAGGAGCCAUACCCAGAGUCCGAGGAGGCGACUGAAAGGCCCUGCAAGCAGAGCUAUGGCAACAGUAAGGGCCCCAAGGAGUACCGUCCAAGCAGCUACGAUGUGAGGGAUGACUCCGCCGAGGGCAUACGAUACUUCACCUGAGCGACGACGAGUCUCGAGUCUUGCUAAUUGGCUUGGAUAUUUAUUAUUUUAUUAUUUAUUGUGU